AGAAACUGGUGACAGAGGCAUGACAAAAACAGAUUCAUUUUCAAACAGAUGCAUUGUUUGUGCUGUCUUGCAGGAAGUGAAUGUAGUGUGGUUUUUACAUAAUUCAUGUCACUUCCUAUACCUCUGUCUUAUGGGAAAGAUACCGAUAUUUUCAUUAUAUAGACUUCUUUUUCUUUAACAAUUAAAAGCAUAUUUUUUCAAGCACUUUCUUAAAAAUGGAUGGCAUACAGACCGUUUUCAAAUUCUUCUUAAAUCAGAAGACAACCAUAGGAUACAGCUUCAUGGCACUCCUGACCGUGGGUGGGGAGCGCAUUUUUUCAAUGGUUUCUUUCCAGUGUCCGUGCAACAAAAGCCAAAAUUUUAUUUAUGGAUUUGUUUUCAUUGUGGGACCGGCUCUAGUGCUCUUCAUUGUUGGCUAUUUCCUCAGCUCCAGGACAUGGAAGCUCUUCACUGGCUGCUGUCUGAACCCAAGGAAGCUGUGUCCGAAGGGAAACUCCUGCAACUGCGUGUAUGUCUUUCUACAGAUCACGGUGGGGGCUUGCAUUCCCCCUGCGAUGUGGCUCACUGUAGCUUUGCUGAACGGCACCUUCUACGAAUGUGCUGUGAGUGGCCUGGAGAAUAACCAUGUAGUCGAUUUGUUCUGUAAGGGUAAAACUGAUACGUGCCGGGCAGAACUACCAAGGGUGCCCUGUGGAAAAUCCAGCCUGUCUCCAGCAGACAACCAAGAGCUUCUGCUGAUGCUGCGGGCACAGUCCCAGAUACUGGGCUGGUUGAUUGUCUGUAUUGCCACAGUCAUGGGCUUGAUCGGCACCUGUUACAAGAACUGCAGGUCUCAAGUGAGUUACCUCCAACUCAAGUUCUGGAGAAAGUACAUCGAGAAGGAAAAGGAGCAUUUCGACAGCUAUGCUACAGAGUAUGCGACGAAACUGGCAGACAGAAAUCUGAAGAGCUUCUUUGAAAACAAGGACCCAGAGGCCUUUCCUUUCCCCAGUCACAGCUCAUGGGAAGAUAUCUCCGCCUUGUAUACCUUCUGUAGGAGCGAGCAAUAUUACAGCACCCUGCAGAGGUACGUGGAGAAAGGCAACAAGGGCAAAGAUGACGAAAUGAAGUGUGCCCUGGAUUUUGUUGACGGGAUAGAAAUGAUAUAAAAAUGUUUUAAGCAUAAGACAGUCUGCCAGUGGGAUUCUGUUUUGCAUCACUUUGAAUAUAUUCUCUAUGCAUCCAGAAUGUUUUUGGUUGGAUCUCGGUUCCAUCAAUGACUACAAGGUUUGUGUUUUAAAAUGACUUCACAGGUAAAGGCCCUAGUGCAAAACAAAAUGACUGUCAACAUUUUGCACACCCUGAAGAACUGAAUUGUUACCGCAGAUAGAGAACAACUGGACAGUAGCAUGUCAAUUUCCUCUUACAUUUACAUAAAAAAAUGAAUGUUCUUUUCAACUGUUGUCAGCAAACAUAAAAUGUGUUAUUAUUAUUUUAAACCUGUGAUUCUCCUGAACCAUUGGUUGUACUCUGUUAACCAUUGGAAUGUUUGCAGCCAGUCAGGAUGCAGGAUAUUUCCAAGCCAUUUUAUAAGGUCAGUAGGUAGUAUGAAGUCAUCAUGUGCAUCAACCGGUUUCUAUCCAACUGUGCAACAUGCAAGUCUAUACGAGGAUGAUGCAACCAGAAACAGUUAUUCAUUCAUAAACAUAAAGUAAUAAAUGCCUUAUUUUUUGCACUGUUAAAUAUCUUUCACUGUGGCCUAAGAAGACCAAUCUACCCCUUUUAUAUACUUAACCAACAAUUUUUAACAAUCUUUGCUCUGUGCAUGUUUCAAUAACCCAAUAUCAAAAGUUACCGUAUGCUAAAACAUUCUUGUUAUUAAUAUCACUCAAAUCUGCAUGUUAAAAGGAUUAUAUUUAUUAAUAGACUAACUGAUGCAACAUAGGGGCCCCUCAGAAAUAUUGUAUUAUAUAAUUUCUGUCUGGAUUGCUAAGAGCUGUAGAACAUACAGUACCAUACAAAUUAUAUAGUAUAGUGUGACUCAAAAUACUACAGUUAUCAUAAUUACAUAGAUAUACGCAUGCAGUAAGAUUUCCUUUUACAACAUUAGAGUCCUACAGUACUUUUUUCUUCAUGCAUCAUAAUUUUGAGCUUAUUCCAAAAGUUGUUCAAUCGUUCAAUUUACUUACUGUUUCAUGUUCUAUUUGGACAACAUAGAGGGAAUUGUUUUUGACUCUUUUAAAUUGUUUUCUAAAAUUCUGAAUUAAUACAAUUUUGUGUAUAUGUUUUGUAUUUUGGAGCUAAAAUAUAUUUCACCUAUGCUUAUAAUAAAGUUUUAAUAUUUUCCAAAAAACAUUCAAUUUUGUUUGCUAUUUUUUAUUGAAAACAAAAUAAGUGCAAAGAAACAAGGGUUAAUUCAAGCUCAAAACAAAAGUUAUUACCAAAAUGAAAAGUUCAGAUGUAAGAAAAAUUUCAUCCAGAACUCAAUCAUGAAUUCUGAGUUAAAACUAUUAGAAAGUCAAGCGGACAAACACAUAAACCAACGCCUUCAUUACUGAUGGGUGACGAUGUCCUGUUUACAAACAGAUUGGUUUACUUUACAAUCAGCUGCUAGCAGUAACAUGUCAAUGAAUAAUGAAUUAAUAAUUCAUUAAAAGUUCUCGAGAUUUUCUAUUGUCCUAAUCUACCCUCCUUCUCACCCCUCUCGGACUCUGAUCUUUGCUCCCUGCUCCAGAGCCAUAAACCCACCACAUGUGCUCUGGAUCCCCUCUCCACACCUUUUCCAGACUGCUGCCUCUGCUCUACACCCUUUCAUUUCCUCUCUUCUCAACACCUCUCUGCUAUCUGGCUGUUUUGCCUCUGCCUUCAAACAGGCCUGCAUCACCCCCAUCUUAAAAGAACCCUCCCUUGAUCCCUCAUCCCUCCAGAACUACUGUCCUGUCUCUCUUCUCCCUUUCCUCUCUAAAACCGUCACGCGAGCGGUAUAUUGCCAUUUCUCUGCUUUCCUGUCAAAACAUUCUCUGCUCGACUCCCUCCAAUCUGGUUUUCUCCUGGCACUGAAACUGCUCUUUAUUCCGUCACUAACUCUCUACUCUCUGCCCGUGCCGCCUCCCUCUCCUCUGUCCUAAUUCUCCUCAACCUGCCUUUGACAUAGUCGACCACUCUAUUCGCCUGUCCUCCCUCGCUGACCUGGGACUCUUCGGCACUGCUCUUGCCUGGUUCUCCUCCUUCCCAGAGUCCUGCACGGGUCUGAUUUGUACGACCCGCUUCCGACCUGGACCUGCUACUGCAGGACCCGAACCGGCAACCCACUGCAACACGGACUUCUAACCCGUGACCCGACACGACCUGCUUUAAUAAGACUUUUGUGUUUGUUGUUUACCUACUGCCUGCAUCGACUGACUCUCUCAUGCUCUCACAUUCACACACAGAUAUAUCUACCAUUCUCCAAAGAUUGACUUUACACAAUAGGCUAUACAACGUGGUAGCUUUCUCUAGUGGUCUGGAUAUAUUUUAACACUGUAACAUAUUAACUAUCUCUACUUACUUUACUAUAAAAUACCUGUCUAUUCCUUUCGUGCCACCAGUUGAAAGGGAGCUACACCUGUGCUUUUGCAGAGAUGUACCAGUUUUGUGGCUGUCGUUCACAAAAACAUAAUGACAGGUUUACAAGCAACAAAUCCAGCCACAUGUUCAUAAUUUUCAUUUGUUUUAAUAGAUGUUUGUCUUAUUGCCCGCAGUGGGCACUGUUGUCCGUGGCCAGAGUACCGACAACGGUACACAGGACCACAGGAAUACCAACACUGGUAAAACAGUUAAAAGCUGGCGCACUCACAGGUGCUCAAAAUAAUAAUGAAAACAAAAGGCGAAAUGAAAAGGAAAAAUAAAACACAGUAAUAAAACUACAAAAUAAAGGUGCUGCUUAUGCAGUGCCCCCACUGCCGCUAAGCCGGUCAGCUCGGGUCUCCGUCCUACGCUGUUAUGCAUUAUACACUGGGGUGGCCAAGGUUCCCCUAUCACUACACACGUAUCCUUGGGUACUUAACAAGAGAUUUUAAUAAAAUUGUUUAUUUAUUGCUGGCUGUCUUCAUCAGCUGUGCUUGCCUGUUUUGGUCGCUCGCUCCAACCACUGGCCUUCUCAGCCAGCGUCUCUGUGUGUUUCCAAUCACGGCCACCCGAAUGCACAACCAAGCGCAGUUCUUAUGGGCUGAGCAAUCCCCCAAGGCCCGCCUCUCAGCCACUCAGAGAGAGGGAAAGCAAACACACCCUCUUCCCCACCUCUCCGUGUCAUCGCCAUGACUGACAGGUGGAUCUUGCGUGACUGCUGCCCUCUUCCUGCAGAACCACGGAUACACCGGAUAGUCAGCACAGACUGCAAACCGCAAAAAAGUUCACAUUCCAACCAAAACCCUACCCGCUUUUGCGGGUCACUGGCGGGUACCCGACCCAAUGCAGGACUCUGAUCCUACCUCUCCGAUCGCAUGUACCGGGUGUCCUGGCGUGGCUCACUCUCUGCCUCUUGCUCUCUUUCAAGCAGUAUCCGCCACGGCUCAGUCCUGGGACCCCUCCUGUUUUCUCUCUACACCCGCUCCCUGGGUCCCCUCAUCUCCUUCCAUGGCUUCUCGUAUCACUUCUAUGCUGAUGAUGCCCAGAUCUUCCUCUUCUUUCCCACCUCUGAUUUCGACAUUUCCUCCCAGAUCUCUACCUGUCUCUCAGCCGUCUCCUCCUGGAUGCACUCAGAUCAUCUUAAACUCAACCUCUCCAAAUCAGACCUCCUUUUCUUGCCCCUCUUCCUCCCCCACUGCUGAUCUCUAUCUCUGUUCCUUUUGAAUCCACCACCCUCUCUCCCUCCUCAUCCACCAAGAACCUUGGUGUCACCCUCGACCACUUCUUAUCCAUUUAUCGUACUUACUACGUACUCUUAAUGGAAUUUACCUUUUUAAGCAAAUAUUUUUACUGUAAGUUUAACUGCUCUUAGUCGAAUUCGCUCUUUAAUUAUUUACUGUAUUCUUUAUUUUGCUCUUAUUUGAAUUUGAUCUUAUUUUCUACUGAUUUUACUGUACUUUAUAACUGCUCUCAUCUGUAAUAUGAUAUUCUGUAAUGUGAUAUUUUAUAAUGGGAUACUUUGUAUUGUGAUAUUUUGUAAUAAUAAUAAUAAUACACUAAAUCAGGGUAUUGGGAUAGAUUGAGGGAAUGGAGUAGAUUAUGUAAAUUUUAUUCAGUUACUACAACCUUCAAGACAAUACUGGUGGGGUAGAUUCUGGGAGGAGGGGGUAGAUACUGAAAGACAUCAGAAUCUACCCCAGAAACUACCCUGGGGUCGAUUUUGGGACCCCCAGAAUCUACCCAGGGAUAAUCUGGGAGGGGGUGGAUUUUCAGACUUUACACCGGGAUGCACUUUUCAUAAGAAUACAGAUCAAUAAUUUGUGCCCCUGGAAAGCAUUGGACACUCCCUCAGCUCUGUUAGCAAAUGUUACAAGCUUGUUAAUUAGCUCCCUGAGCUAAGUCAUUAAUGUGGAUAAGAAAGAAGCAGAGGCCCCAGCAAAGAUCCCUGCAGCACCCCACUGAGUACAUGACCUGAACUAGAAGUGGACAGCCACCGAUUUGAGUUUCAGGAUUAGUCUCUCAUGCAGCACUUCAUUAAAAACCUUUUGAAAUCCACACUUUUUAAAUCCAUUAUGUGAAACGCUCUAUGUUAGCAUCUAUCCUCUCAGUAACUUCUUCAAAGAAGUCUAAGGGGUUCAUCAGACAGGACUUACCAUUUCCGAGUUAUAUGCCUACAGUGCUGUGGACUGGGAAAUGUGAAUCAUGAGAUACAGUAUCUAUGUGACCAGUAGAUGUAGAAAAUCAAAGACUUUUCAUGCAAAUCUGUUGAAGGAAUAUAGCACUUUGGGGUCAAAGAAAAACAGAGGCUUCCAUAACUAAAGGUGACAAGAGAAACGAAGCAAACACAGCCAGUGGCACAUUAUUCUGCGUAAUGGGCUAUGAGGUGAAAACUGAUACAGUAACUUCAUAGAGGUUGUCACAGGUUAAAUAGACUAUAGUGUAACAGAAUGAGGGUCAUGAAAGUAAGUUACAAACUCUCUCAACCUAAUCAAAUCAUUAAGCAAAAUUACUUGGACUAGACGGACUCCCACAAAAAAAUCUUGUCUUAUAAAAAAAAUAUUUAUGUAUUUUAACCUUGAGCUGCACUACAGAUUUUAUUUGUGAUGAGUAUAUAUACUGUCUUUACACCCUAACAUUUUAGUCGACUUUGUGCUAAUCAACAAACAAAUUCUGUGUACAGCCACACUCGGUGUUAAGAACUGUUUUUUGAAUUGACAUGAACAAGCUGUGGUCUGGACAUCCAAGUUCAUAUUUUCUUUUCUUCAGAAACAGAAUAUUAUUGUCUACAGAAACAAAAUACAUUGUUUUUACUUUGGUGGUGCUGCGAUUUGGUUAUAUUGUGAGAUCACAACUAAUAAUAUAAUAAUAAUAAUAAUAAUUGUGGGCAAGUACACAAUCACUACACUACGACUGAUUUGGAAAACUCAGUACCCUGAAUAAAUUCUACUCAAACUGAAUAUUCAGUAUUCAGAAUAUAAUGUAGGGAUAUUCAGCUACUUUCAAGGGAACCCCUCAUUCCAAAUACUGUAGCUCUGCAUUGUGUAUGUUCAAGUGUAGUAUUCCUAAUACAUACUGGAGAAGCCUCCAAAGACCCCCGACUGCACCAUUUAUCACAACACAGGGGAAGUAAUGCCAUUUAUACAAGCUGAUCCAGUGUUAUUCUUCAGUGUUACUGUGGAUUACAGCUUCAUAAAAAAGGUACUUUUAAAUAUUAGGACAUUUUAUAUCAAAUCAUUAGCUUGAGACAGUAGUUUAUUUUUGUUUUUUAUAUUUUGUAAACCACAGUACUUAUAAAUGUCUUAAUAUUUGUUUAACAAGGUUAAUAGUAUACCGCACUGUAAACUUUGAUUAGCCUCAUUCAUUACCUAUUUUUUACCAUUCUUACACUGUGCUUUAUUAAACUUGGCUAUGAAGGUACACUUCUAUAAGGAUACUUCAAAUGCAGUUUAUUUAAAGCUAAACAUUUGCAUUCUGACAUUCAGAAACAAAAUUAUUUUAAUUCUAAUUCUAAUUCUAAUGUGUAAGAAAAAGCAUGUAUCUUCUGUAAAAGAGUAUGGUGUAUGUUGUAUAAUUAAAAAAAAAAUCAAUUUUAAUGGCUACACUAAAUCUUUACGUCACAUCACUUUAAAAAAAUCAAUACCAUGAAAAAUGGCUGGCAACAGUUUUAGUACCACUCAACUGACCACAAGAUUUCCGAGAUUCUCUUUCCAUUGACUUAUCGUUCUUAGCUCCCAGUCCUGUUCUGCAGUGCUGUUUCCUGUAAGUCUACGUUAGGGUUUUUUUUUUUUUUUUUGCUGGGGUUUUAUAAUUUUAGUCAGUAUAUUAUGGUCUAUUCUCCGAAACCUAGCAUGCCUAAAGAAAUGAGAACUGUUCAAAUUUUAAUUGAUUUUACCUUUGCAAUGACAUCUGUGGUUUCCUGAUAACUUUGACAUUUUUCAACACAUGAACGAGCCAGAAAGUCUUCAAUAAGCCUUACUCCAAUAUUGUAGCCCCUGGAUUUUGAAAAAGAAAAGUGUUUUUUUUUUCUUUUUUUAAUAUUCUUUUAAUAAAUAUAUUAAAGAAUACCAAACUGAAAAAGGUAUGAAGUGUAAAUAAAAACCUAAAUAUAACUAUGCAUCAUACUAC